AUGGCUCGGGCCACGGUGGUAAACCUGCUGUGGUUCGGGAACAGGGUGGUCAGAACCGGAUUCCUUCGGCCUCUGCACGCCGCAGCAAGUUGCUCCUCAUCAGAACCGAGAACUGGGUUCAAACCGGAGAAGGUUGCAGUGGUUACUAAAACCACUCGGUAUGAGUUCGAACAACAGCGGUACCGGUACGCUGGACUCUGUGAAGAGGAUCUGAAGCAACUGCUUGCCAUGAAGGGUUCCAGCUACAGCGGCCUGCUGGAGAGACACAACAUUCACACCAACAACGUGGAGCACGUUGUAGAGAGCCUGCAGAGAGAAGGCGUGGAGGUGCGGGUGGUGAAGCGAGGAGAGUAUAACGAGGAGGUGGUGCGAUGGGCCGAUGCUAUUAUCUCUGCUGGAGGGGAUGGGACGAUGCUGCUGGUUGCCAGUAAAGUUUUAAACAAGGACAAACCGGUUGUUGGGGUGAACACAGACCCUGAGAGGUCAGAAGGUCAUCUCUGCCUCCCUGUGCACUACACUCACGCCUUCCCAGAGGCUCUGGACAAACUCUGCCGUGGUGAGUUCAGGUGGCUGUGGCGUCAGAGGAUCCGUCUGCACCUGGAGGGAACGGGAAUCAAUCCGACCCUUGUGGACCUGCAUGAGCAGCAGCUGAGCCUGGAGCAACACAACCAGGCUCACCGGAUCACCACCAUGGACCACCUGCAGAGAACAGGAGCGUUGCAUCAGACCUACUCUAAGCCCAGCCUGCUGCCUGUGAGGAGCCUGAAUGAAAUCUUCAUCGGGGAGUCUCUGUCCUCCAGGGCGAAGUUAAAACCCUUCAAACCGCAUGUUAAACUCUUGCUCCAUAGGGCUUCCUACUAUGAGAUCUCUGUGGACGACGGUCCGUGGGAGAAGCAGAAGAGCUCCGGACUCAGCAUCUGCACAGGAACAGGAUCCAAAGCCUGGUCGUACAACAUCAACAAGCUGGCUGAACAGUCCGUGGAGGAGGUUCUGAAAAUCGGAGCGUCUCAAGCUGGAGUUAAAUUCCCGCUCAGCAGGGAGUUGAUAGAGAAAGUAACCGAUGAGUACAACGAGUGUCUGGUGUUCAGUCCUGACGAGCGGCGCCUGUUCUACAGCGUCAGAGAACCCAUCAGCAACAGAGUGUUCUCCAGCAGCCGACAAAGAGGCUUCGCCAACAAGGUGUGCGUUCGCUCUCGGUGCUGGGACGCCUGCAUGGUGGUGGAUGGCGGCACCUCCUUUGAGUUCAACGAUGGCGCCAUCGCCACGGUCAGCAUGAGCGAGGAGGACCAGCUCCGAACUGUCCUCCUGGAGAACUGAGACGGGUCGGAGAAACCUCGGCUAAGCCAAAGGGAAAGGUCCAGGUUUUAGCUUCCAGCCUCCCCAGGUGUUGCAGGGUUUUUACCCGUCAUGAAGGUUUUAGUUGCCAUUGAUCCAGGAUCGGAUUGUAGAGACUGUGACACAUAGACAUCAGCAGCAGCUCAGUGAUGGUUGGACCAACAGAUCAGUUACAGGUUGGCCUCCAGACUCAAACUAAACCCAUGAUGAAGAUGAUCUGAUGAAUUCAGAGGAUCUUUAUCUCAGUUCAUUUAAUUUGCUUCAAACUGUCUCCAUGAGAACAAAUCAGAGCAAAGUGAAUCUGCUGCAACAUGUGACUGAGGAUCUGCUCUGGUUAUAUGCAGGUUAAAAGGCACUAAAGGCUCUGACUACAGAUAAAACCUCCAAGGAGAGGAGCAGAAGGUUCUCCUGAAUCUUUCUCACCACAUCUAACCACAUCUAACCACAGCUCCUUUUACUUCCUGCAUCUUUUAUCCAAAUCAAGAUGCUUUAAAACCCAUAAAUGGUUCUUUCUACCCAUCACUGGUUAAUGAUGUGCCUGAGACCGGCUCCCAGUUUUACCCAUAAGUCAAUGCAGACACUCCCAUAAUAAAUCAUUUUAUCUGCAAAAUGGCAGCGGUGCCUCAGAAUCUCUUAUUUCUUUAUAUUCCAUCUGAACCACCAGUUAGAAGAACUGGACUGAAACCAAGAGAAAAAGCAGCCAAAGUCCAACAGAACUGAGGAACUGUUGAUGUUAACAUGUUUAAAAAGAUCCACGUCCCGUUCCCAUUGUUGUCCCGUUCUAACGGACUUUAAUGAGUUUCAUUGGCAUUUUAUUUGACCGACUAACAGAAAGUAGAGACUUUGUGACGUGGAAGGAAACGGAUUGAUGGUCUUCAACCAGCUUUGGCUGCAGGUCUCUAUCACAAAUUGAAAGUAUUGUCCAUUCUUCUGCAUAUAGCUCAGUUGAAUUUAGAUCGGGACUUUGACUAGGCCAAUCCUACCCAUGAAUCUGCUUUGAUCUAAACCAUCUAUUGUAUCUCUGGCUGGAUGUUCAGGUUGGUUCUCCUGCUGGAAGGUGAACCUCCAACCUAGUCUCAGGUCUUCUGCAGAGUAGAAUGUUUCAUAAACCAUGAAUUAUUUUCCUUCUCUGUGUUGAUCUGUCACAUAAAAUCCCAAUUAAUAAACUAAAGUUUGUUCUUCUAACAUGAAUCAGGGGUGUAAAUACUUAUGUGGGUUUAAUCUGGAAGGCAGGUGAUAAAAAGGAAGGGAAAAAAGGUAAAGCACAACUUUAUCACUGAUGUAUUUUUUUUUUUUUUUUAAAGAAGCUGUUUUUAAAGUCCGAUCAGACAAAUCAGAACCAUCCAUCCGGUUCCCUUAAAGUGAGUCGUAGCAGCCGCUGGUUAGAGGUUCUAAAAUGAUAAGAAUCCCUCAUGGACGGUUUCAGGAACUUGUAAACACUCUUUAUGAAGAACAUCUGAUGUUUUUAUUCAUUUAUAGACGGAAGCAGAUCUGAGAGGUUCUGGUCCAAAGUUCAGACAGAAUCUCUUCAUCACCACAUCAGAAGAAAACUGAGUGGUUGGAAGCGCAGCAGCAUAGAGGAUUUUACUAUAUAAAUGAUGGAUUUUGGUGAUUUGAGCCACAAGGAAGAACAUGGGACAGAGUGCACUGAACCUUCUGGGAACAUCUCCACCUUUAACCUUUAACCUCACAAGGAGAAACUCUGUUUUGGUCAUUAUUACAAAACCUGCAAAAUGUGACAUUAGCAUAAAAACUACUUUAUAAAAUGAUUUUUAACCAGUAGGAUCAUGCAAUACUAACUGGUUUGUGGUUGUGAAACUCGGGCCGCAGCCAACAGAACCAGGCGUUUCUUGUCUGCUCAGUGUGAAAACCACCCAGUCUGGACCUGAAACCAGCAGGGGAACUAGUUCCUGUGCCAUAGUUCCUCCUGGAAACACUGUCCCUGUUCCAGUGUUUGUGGAAUGAUGCAGAAAUGUUUCUGUAUUUUAAUAAAAUAUAUUUUACAA